UGAUGAAAGUGAAACCAGGGAUCACGUGCGGACAUAUGACAACCAUUCUGGCCAGAAGGGAAAUCGAAUUUGGCUUGUCAACUCAUCAUCAAUUCACCGCCAACGAACCGACCAGCCCAGUCAAACUGGAUUCCACAUUCUUUUCUUUUCACGCCCUUUCUUUUCUAUAUAUAAAAUUCUAAAUGCUUGGACUUGUUCAAGACCACCGUAUGCUUCGCGUACGACAAGCCAGUGGAAGCCAGGGAGGGGGGCAGAGCACGGAUAGUGGUAGUGGGACGUCUGCUACAGCGUCGCAGGGUACCUCACCAUCGGCGACGGCGACGAGCUCAGGGACUUCAGAGACUACGACCUCUGCGUCGCCCACCAGCGAGACCUCGACUAGCCAGACACCGUCCGUGACUACGUCGCCGACCUCUACUUCGUCGUCUUCAUCGACAUCAGCUACGUCGGCCACCUCUGCGGAGACGACAGCAACAACUGCUACCACAGCAAGCAACACCUCCACUUCGGCCUCGCCCUCUACCACCACUACUUCGGCUACUUCGAGCUCUACAUCUAUCACCAACACCUCAGCUUCGACUUCUGCCACGAGCGCCGCCACGACAACCAGCGCCACCUCGUCGGAUACCCAUGUGGACACCACAGCAGCAGCAGACGAGUCGUCUACGGGAAGCUAUACGACUUUCACUUAUACUCAGACGAGCUCGUACCGUACCGUGACCCGCGUUGGCACGUCGCAGCUCCCAGGCUCGACCGUCAGUGCCGGAGCUUCAGGGUCAAGUUCGAGCUCGCUCAAUACCAAGGCCCUCGCUGGAGGGAUAGCAGGUGGUCUCAUCGCUGUAGCUAUUCUAGGAUUCGGUAUUGCGUUUGUCCUGCGCCGCAGAAGGAACCGUCGUCGCGCCGAUGAAUUCGAAGCCUCACAAUUCCGCCGCUCUGCCAUAGUGCUGGACGAAGAUACUCUCGAUCCCCACCGACCUGCUGCUACUCCACCGCAGAUGUACGAGCGUGGACACUCUGUCGCACCGUCUAUUACGAGCACCACCAGUCCCGGAAUGGCGGGACAAGGAGCGUAUUACGCUGCGCAAAGUGAUGCCGAACAGUACGAGCCAUACACUGCCCAUCCUUACGCUGCCACCCCGUAUGCCACUACCACUGCACCUCCCGUCACUCAAGGCCCGCCUCAGCCGACACACGUCCUCCAGCCCCGGCCACAGUACACCUUUGGCCAGGUUCCUACUCCCGCGCAAAAUGUCAUGUCAGAUGACGGACAUGAGAAUAUGGAAGGUGCCUACAGCUCGGAACCCACCCCACAGGCUCCGUACAACCAGGAAGCAUACGGUAACUACCAUGCUUACUCACCGGAUAACGCGGGAUAUGGAAAUACUGCUGGCGCGCACGCGAGGACCAGAACGAAUGACGAUGAUGCCUAUGGCGGGAUUUGAGAUUAGAGGGCCUUGUUGUAUUUUCUGUGUGCUAUCCCUCGACCUCGCUCGCUCUAAACAAACAAUUUCCUCUAUUUAUACCUUUAAGCUUCUUCCGGACUCGCCUACAUUUUUUUGUUAUUUUUAUUUUAGAAAACCCCCGAUUCCUGUGGCGAGUCCCUGUGCCUUGACGCCCUUCUCCCCC